AUCACAUUCAAUGUUGAGCCAAACUAUCGAAUUCAACAUCAAUGUUCUAUAAUUAAUUAAGCGCAAUACCAAAAAACCGACCUUCACAGCUUCAGCACAACUGCCAUUCAUCCCGUUUUCUUGUUCCAGCAUUGCGAACCUCCUACGUAUAUGAGUUCACACGCCGAUUAUUCAGUGCUCGCUUUGGAGCGAAAGGCCUUUAUCUUGCCAAGCCUUCAAUCACCCACCUGAGGCCCUCACUAUCCGUGUCGCGAUCAUGCUCACAGAAAUCGCUAGCUCCGUCAUGGAGCUUGCUCGACGAGCGGAAGAGGAAACGGAUCCCGAUGAACCCGAGGAUGGGGACAAGGAGGUAUUCGCAUCAAGAGCCCUCCUCAUAUCCGUCAUACUCCUCCUCAUAGCCUUCUUUACGAGCUAUAUACUACAACAGAAGAAAGUCCAAGCUGUCCACGAAACAGUCAUCUCGAUAUUUGCUGGAAUGACGGUUGGGUUGAUUCUUCGAGUUAGCACUGGCCACUCUAUUCAACAGCUUGUGAGCUUUGAUUACCAGAUCUUCUUCAACCUUCUCCUCCCGCCCAUUAUUCUAAACUCGGGUUACGAAUUACACCAAGCCAACUUUUUUCGAAAUAUCGGCACCAUUUUGACCUUCGCUUUUGCCGGAACCUUCUUAUCCGCCGUCGUAAUAGGCCUUAUACUAUGGCUGUAUACUCGAAUACCGUUGGAGGGGUUGGAUAUGACAUUUGUUGAUGCCAUCUCUGUUGGCGCAACGUUGUCUGCCACUGAUCCUGUCACCAUCCUGGCCAUUUUCAACACCUACAAAGUGGACCCCAAGCUAUAUACUGUGAUUUUUGGUGAAUCCAUCCUAAACGAUGCUAUUGCUAUUGUUAUUUUCGAAACCGCGCAGAGCUACAAGGGUGGCGCUGAAGAAACAUACGGCUUUAUCAACUUCUUCGAGGGUGUGGGCCUUUUCUUGCUCAAUUUCUUCGGAAGUUUACUCAUUGGUGUCCUUUUUGGUGUUGGUACUGCGCUCGCCCUCAAAUUCACGUAUAUUAGAAGAUACCCUCAGAUUGAGACUUGCAUGGUUGUGUUAGUCUCAUACGCAAGUUAUUUCUUCGCUCAGGCAGUAAGGCAAUCAGGCAUCGUGUCACUACUAUUUUGUGGUAUCACUCUCAAACACUAUGCUUAUUUCAACAUGUCGCGACGAACACAACUCAGUACCAAGUACUUCUUUCAGAUAUUGGCGCAGUUAUCUGAGAAUUUUAUUUUCAUCUAUUUAGGGUUGUCGCUAUUCACGGACAACGACUUACAAUUCCAACCGCCUUUAAUCAUUGUCACUAUUGUUGCCGUUUGCGCGGCGCGAUGGGUAGCUGUAUUUCCUUUAUCAAAGGCAAUCAACUGGUACCAUCACUACCGAGCGCGCCGACAAGGUAGAGAGGUUGCCGAUGAGCUACCAUACAAUUACCAAGCCAUGCUAUUUUGGGCCGGUUUGCGGGGUGCUGUCGGUGUAGCAUUGGCUGCGGUAUUGAAGGCAACUAACAAAUAUGCACUUCGAGCGACCGUGCUUGUUGUGGUGGUGCUCACCGUUAUCAUAUUUGGCGGCACUACGGCACGAAUGUUAGAAAUACUAGGUAUCAGAACCGGGGUUGUAGAAGAAGUUGAUAGUGACGAUGAGUUCGAUAUUGAGGCGGCACCAGGGGGCUCUUAUUACAAGCGGUCUGGGAACGGAAUUGGGUAUAACCCCAGGCAGAGGAAUGGAUCGGUACGUCUUGACCGUGUGGGUUCCGGGAGAUCUCGCGCAGCCACAGGCCCAGAACGAGGCAGCUACGUAUCCGGGCAUCGAUCGCCAUCAUUCCCAACCUCGCGCGCUGGAAGCUCGAGUCGUAAGGGGGCUCGUCCAGCUUCUGGUGAUGAGACUGAACGAGCGGAUCUCUUGGGUCGUAACGGUAGCGUGACGGACUCAGAUCUAGGGAGUGAUAUAGACACGUCGGAUCUGCCGCCCCCUGCGCGCAAGUCUUCUCGUAGUAGGUCGAGCCCUAUCCUCACGCCCGGCGGUACAUCGGAAGAAGAAGGGGUAUUCUCAUACCCAACAUCAGGUCAUCGGGAGGCAGCUCCCGUUUCUGCCAGAGCAGCUUUCAAACAAUUACUCACCGCCCCUGAUCCCCACGCGUUAUUUAGACAGCUUGAUGAGGAUUUCAUCAAGCCUAAACUACUCCUCGAUGGUGGUGGUGGUAGUGGUGGCCAAAACCACGGGAGGGGGAAUGGGGAAGGAAGCUCCGGGUCGAGCUGAGCGUGUAAACUAUUUUCAUCUUGAAAAGUGUAUCACUGCGUACCCAUAGAUAGGAUAUUGUAAUCUACCUACCUGGGUUUGUUGUAUGCUAUGCAUGUAGGCAAUGUCUACGAUCAUUUGUAGCACUCUUGGCAUAGUCUUCGAUAUUGGAACGCAACGUUUUAAAGAU